AGCAAGAACGCUCAUUUGUAUGUCGUUACAAAGGGGUAAAACAGUCGCUAUCACUUCAUCAAACAUUAAUAAAAGCUUAUCUGGAUCACUAGAACAAUCCCGGUUUAUUUGCCGGCAAUCUUGGCUGGCAAAUAUUUGAAAUCGCUGUUUGGCAGCCGUAGUGGCGGCAAACAUUAGGAAGUGGCCAUCAGUGAAAAGUCGGUUCAAACAGCCAAAAAUAUUCAAACUCGGUGUCUUUGACUGCAACCCAUUUUUCAUGUCGAGUAAAGUGCAUUUUUGCGCUUUUUGGUCGAUUGUUUGGUGGAUCGAUUCGCCGUUGGGAGCUCAAUUAACUUUAAAACGGUUGUAAUUCCGUUGGCUGUUUGCACAGAUAUUCCUACGUUUUGCGUCAUUGUGGCGACGUUUUUUUUUUCGUCGAGAACAGACGGAAAUCGCAUGCACUACGUAAUGAAGGACGUAGGUGAGCUCGUAUUGAGGUAAAGCAGACCAGGACUGGGAUUUUCACGAUUUGAGUGAAGGAGGAACUAUCUAAACCCGCGAUGGUUCCACUCGAUUCAUGUUUGCAAAACUUUUUUCUUGGGUAUUUUGCCUCAAAAUGUGUGUCGUUUAAAAUGAAAGAAUUUCCUCACACCUUCUACUCCAGAUUUUUCCAGAUCCUUUCAUUUCCUGUUGCCCUUCUGGUCAAUUUUCAGUUGUUUCUUCUAUAUUAGAAAUGAAGCUUUUGAACUUUUUUCGUGUAGUUCAACAAUGUAAUCCUUUGAAAGCGACAGGUUUUUCGGCAUCAGUUAAUUGUUUAUAAGGUAAAUUUAAAAUUGCUGUUCGCGAAAGAGCAUAAAGACGUGGGGAAAUGAAGUGUUUUUUGAAAGACACACUAAAGAAUGUGUAGGUGUAUUUAAGCUACUAAAACAGUUUUUUGAAAGUCCGUCCCUGCAGGCCACAGAGUAAAUAUUUCAUUACUGAAGUACACUGAACACAAUCAUUUGAAUUUUCUUGGGCUAGAGUAGUGACAGGACCGAAUUCCGCGUUGAAACAAGGAAAAAUGUAUCUGAUCGUCAAACAAGCCCCGGAACGGCGAUGCGCCCUAAAAAAGCGCCAGUUUGGCGAAAAAAUGUGCCGCGCUGUGAAAAAUCGGCGCAAAUUUUUGCUAAAAAUGCUGGCUGUGAUGGAGGCAGGGGCACAAAGUGCAGGUCCAUCAAGCGCUUCCGGUUCUUCGGCGCCCAACGAGCCGCCCAUCAAAGAAUUCCUCAGCUCGGGCCGAACGGGGCGCAGAAACGCCCUGCCAGAUAUUCUAGGCCAACAUGCUGUUGUGACCUCGUCAGAUCUGCCGUCCCGGCUGCAGGCUUUGAGCACAAAGGACUCAAACUCAUCUGGGGCCUCACAUCUGGGAGAGCCUCAGCCGGGCCCCAGUUCGGCCAAGAGCUGAACAAAUCAAAACUAUGUUAUCAGAGGAACAUAUUUAGGCCAUCGCCGGUCUGUACGUACGGUGGAUGUUACUUAACGUAGUAUUUUUGUAUCUGAAACAAUACUCGAACUUGUCGGAUCUUUUGGUGUCCGAAACGUUGCCAGGGCUGUGCAAAGCUUGAUCUGUAUUAUGCUUCAUGUAAAUAACUGGCCAAGCACAGUCUGGAGCAAUGGAUUUUUGGAUAUUUAUUGCAGGCAGCUAUUUGUAGACUUGCGGUUGCAGUCUGGUGGAUGCAAACUUUGCAGAUUGCCUCACUAGACGAGCUGUAGCACCCCAACAAUCAUCAUUUAUUCACUAUUUAUUUGAUCAUCCAUUUGAAGCACUAAGUUAGGAACUGUACCUGAUAGAAGCCUAAUUGCUGUAAAAGCCGCUUUUCAUUGAUCGCCCUUAGCGCGAAGAGUCGUAAUAAUUGCAAACCGUUCGGCCCUACUUACGUUCAACAACGACACGCUGUGUGAUAUUAAAUGUAUGUUGGUUUAACUGGUUCAAUGAUGAAUCUUUUGAAGCAUCUGAAGAGUGUCAAUUUUUAAAUUAUGAAUUCUUAUGUAAAAAGCUACUGUCUGUCUGCAUAUGGUCAGACUGGGGAAAUUUUACCGCAUCAAUACGGAAAACCCAUGCGAUUUAAUGCACUUUAGGUGUUGUGACGCACUUAUCCUGUUAAACUUACGAUAACAGCGCGCAACCAGUAAUUAGGGCAUAAUUGCUUGAUUUUGAAUGUAAAUUGCACGCUUGUUUGCACUCCAUGGUUCUGUCCAAAGAACCGCCGUCAGACUGUAGGUUGAAUCUCAUCGUUUUUAGUUUGCUCCAUAUAAACUGCCUUUUCGUUUGGUGUUUAGUCGAGAUUGCAUUUCGUUUCCGGCUAAAGCCCAGUAUUAGUGGCUCAAUAUUGAUGUCCAAAACUAGUCAUGUAGACCUAAUUAACGGAGUAACCAUGUAAAUUAUUAUUGUCAAUAUAUUUGUAUGGAUUUCACAAUAAAACCACGUUGGAAAGCUCAA